GGAGCGGUGGAGAUGGUCCGGACUUCUCCGUCUGAGGGAGGAGGGGACUGUGGGCCUGGAUUCUGGGCCCUCUGUAAUUUGUGUAUGGGGGAUGUGGAAGUGAAAGGAGCACAAAAGCUUCUUUCCUGAUCUGCCUAAAGUAUAUUUGAGGACUGAAGUAUGAAGGUGUGCUUUGAUUGAGUUCCAUAACAACGGUUUUCCUUGUGACCUCACCAGAGUUAAGAGUCCUGAGCCAGACGACCGGGAGUUUAUUGGAAAGAGACUCCCACACGCACACGCGCUAGUGGACAACAGGUGGCGCUGCCCCAAGGCAGGGAGAGAUACUCUGUGCCUGCAGCGUGAGGGGCUGAGUCUUCAAACUCGUGGGACUGAAAGAGGCUGGGGUCCGGACUCUGGGGACCUGAGAGGGAAGAGAGCCCUGAUUCCCAGGUUCUUGGAAACUGGAACAUAUGACCGGAUUUCGGGUUUCCAGAGAGGGUGGGGCUGUUUAGUGGAACCAAAGACGGCUCUCAGUUCAGCAUCCCUACAUUGCUCUCUGUUGAGUGCGUUAAUCGUUUCUGAGAAGUGACACGGAGAAAUUCUCAGAAAUAAAUACAAAAGUAAGGAGAGGGCAAACCGGAAGGGCAGAGGGAUCCUAGGAAUGGAACCGAGGGCGCUAGGGGCAAGGUCUGGAGCACAGAAGCGUGGCCCAGGUGUGGGGGCGUGGCUCUAGGACAGGGGGCGUGGCCACUUGCGGUUGGAGCCAGAUAGGCAGGCCUGAAUAUACUCAAGACCUGGAUCUCCAGCGCUGAGGUCAAACGUCAGGGGCGUGGUCUAAUGAGGGAGUGUGACCAGCUGUGAACGUGAGGCAGGCCCAAGGGGCGUGAUUAACGAAGAAUAGAGGCGUGACUAUCCAAUAGAGGGCUCGGCUAGCGAGUGAGGUCAGACAUGGGGGCGUGACCAGACAAUAGGGGAACCGCUAGGUGCUCGCGGAGCUCAUUCAACGCUCCAGGUAUCCCGUUUGGCCUCGAGACCAGAACUGUUUGGAUUUAACAGUCCGUGGACGGCCCAAGUCUGAGAGUCCGGUGUCUGGACUGUGGUCUAGCAUAAAGGCGGGGCCCAGAAGACGGGGUGGGGCGUAGGAGAAGCCUUCCCCGCAAUGAGGCACGCGCUGGUCCUGCUGCUGCUGCUCCCCUGUACCUUGAUGCCCCCCUCCACUGCAGCCCCCAUCCACGAUGCUGACACCCAGGAGACUUCCUCGGGUUUUCUAGGCCUCCAAAGACUACUCCAAGACUUCAUCGGGCUUUUCUUGAAAGAUGACCUGCUACAGGGCACAGACAGCUUCUUCCCUGCCCCCAUGGACCUUCAGGGCCUCCCUAGGAACUAUCAUCAAGAGGAGAACCAGGAGCGCCAGCUGGGGAACAACACUCUCUCCAGCCACCUCCAGAUCGACAAGGUGACUGACAACAGCACAGGAGCGGUGUUGGUCUCCGAGAAGAUGGUGGCAUCCACCGAGCGAGGAGAGAACUUGGAGAGUGACUCAAAGGUACCCAAGAUAGAGGAGAAGGAGAUCCUUGUGCCCAUCCCAAAGACCAUGGACAGCACCCACCCAGAACCUCAUCCACGAGUGGCCUUCUGGAUUGUGAAGCUGACACAGCGAAGGUCCCACCAGAAUGCCCAGGAAGGUGACCGCUGGCUCAGCGAGAAGCAGCACCGCCUGCAGGCCAUCCGGGACCGCCUGCAGGCCAUCCAGGAAGGGCUCCACGAGGGGACCCAAGAGGAAGUCCUUCAAGAAGGGACCCAGGGGUCCUCCUACUUCAAGCUGCCUGCCCGCAAGACACGCUUCCUGUACAUUCUCAAACCGUCCCAGCAGCUAUAGGGGUAGGGACAGAGGAACACCUGUAUGUACCCCCCACCAAACCCCACCUCAAGCUCCAUAUAGAAAUAAAGUUCUUCUAUCUAACAGCAC